AUGGGCACCUCAGUCUUCCCAUGCCUCUUCGUUCUCCUGCUUGCCGGGGGCUCCCCAGCAGCGUGUGCUGGAGACAGCGGCUCUGCAUCCCGCAGCACAGCUAGCACUGCAGAGAAACCUAUCCUGUUGAACAACAUCACGGAUGCCGAAGCCUUCAUCAGUGGUGUGGAGGUGGCGGUCAUUGGAUUCUUCCAGCCUUUCAAUUCACUGCAGUACGCAGCUCGGCAAGCUCCCCGUGUAAUGAGCAUGGACUCCCUGACUGGGAACAGCAUAUGCGUGACCAGGAUAGUAGACAAUGACCGCAGGGAUCUGGAUAUGAACAGCGAAGAUGUUGAUGCUAAGAAGAUGAUACGUUUCAUUCGGAUGAAUGAGCUUCGCCUGGUGACAGAGUACAACCCUGUGACAGCAGUAGGUGUGAUGCAGAGUUCGCUCCAGUUUAACCUCCUCCUGAUCACAGACAAGAUGUCGCCAAAGCACCCCGAGCGAAUGCGCAAAUACCGGGCAGCAGCAGAGCUCUUCAAGGGGAAGAUUCUCUUUAUCCUGGUAGACAGCAAUUUGAAGAGCAAUGAACGAACAGUGUCAUUCUUCAAACUGAAGAAGUCUCAGCUGCCAGCUCUGGCUAUAUUCCACACACCAGAUGAGGAGCAGGAUGUGUUGACUCUGGAUGAAGUCUCCGUUGAGCGUGUACAAGACUUCUGUAAUCGUUUCUUACAAAGAAUGAAGAAGAAAGAAGACGAAUCUGAGGAGAAGGCCCUCAAUGAGGAACUCUGA